AUGGCUGAGGGCAUGUCUGUUGUUCCGUAUAGCUCAUCAAAUGACGUUGUGCUACGCCAUAACGACUCCGUUGUUGUUUUCGAUCGCGAUUCGCAGCAGCUAGUUAUUCAAAAUGCGGCCGAACGCGAAGAUGACGAACCCCAGUGUCCGUACUGUCGCCGCCCGCUGCGGGGAGAUAACUCUCCUCAAGACAACCAUCAUGCCGGAACCCAACCGGAAUUCGUCAAUCCGGAAUACUUUCGCAUGCUCCGUAAUAGCCUUCCUCCUGCUUCGGUAGAGUCGACCAAACCCCUGUCGCGACGCUACGUUCAGCCUGUACUUGCGGAUGGCCGUUCGAGCGGAUCCAGCUACUCUCACGCACAUACCGGCCACGGAAUUUCGUCAGCAGCAUUCACACCGGACUACUUUAAAAGGUUUUUUGUGGAAGAGAGGGUACUGGGAAAAGGUGGCAAAGGCGUGGUGUUGUUAGUGAAGCAUAUGCUGGACGGCGUCUCUCUUGGGCAUUACGCCUGUAAACGAGUGCCCGUCGGGGAUGAUCACGAGUGGCUUGAAAAGGUUUUGAUCGAAGUCCAACUGCUGCAACACCUUUCUCACCAAAAUCUUGUCUCUUACAGGCAUGUUUGGCUCGAGAAUGCAAAAAUCACCACCUUCGGGCCAAGUGUUCCUUGCGCAUUCAUUCUCCAACAAUAUUGCAACGCGGGCGAUCUGCACAACUAUAUUUGUGGCUCCAUGCAGACAUCCACGACCCCGCAGGAAUUGAAGGAGCGUCUUAGAAGGAGAUCGAAAGGCGGCGCGGAACCUCCUAUCGACUUGAGGGAACCUCGCAAAUUACAUUUCGACGAGAUAUACUCAUUCUUCAAGGACAUUACGUCAGGGCUGCGGUACCUCCAUGCUAGCGGCUAUAUCCAUCGCGAUCUAAAACCCAACAACUGUCUACUGCACAAUACUAGUGAUGGAAUUCGAGUCCUAGUUAGCGACUUCGGUGAAGUUCAACCUCAGGACGGCAUUCGAAUGUCUACCGGCGCGACAGGAACCGUGUCGUAUUGUGCCCCGGAGGUACUGCGGCGAGAGUUUCCCAACGGUCCUUUUGCCAAUUUCACGUUCAAAUCGGAUAUAUUCUCCCUCGGGAUGAUAUUGUAUUUCUUGUGCUUCGCGCAACUUCCAUAUCGAAACGCCGAUCUUAUUCACGAAGAAAGGGAGGACCUCGAGAAGCUCCGUGAAGAGAUAAUGGAUUGGGGUGGGUUUGACCAAAGACAGAUGCGCCCCGACCUACCCGAGCAACUUUAUACUUUUCUAUGGCGUCUGCUGUCGGUGGAUCCUGAUCUGCGUCCAUCUGCAGACGAGGUCCUCGGCGGUCUUGAAGUUGGAGCUAGUGCAAACGAGGGCUUUCGCACAAAACGCGGCAGCAGUAGCUCCUCCGCCCCUGACAUGCACACUGGCUCCAGGAUUCAUCCUCUCGAUGAUACGACUGAGUCGCCAUUUGACCAGCCCGCAUCUCCGAAGAGGUCAUUUUCGAGGAGCCCUGCCGCUGUACGGCGUAAUUCAGUAUACGACUCGAACGGAUCUGUCGGGGACCUGACCCCCGUUAUCGAAGACGUGGACCGCGCUGCAGAAAGAAGAGGCUCGCUCAGCCCGGAACGUGACCUGAUUGUACGCCCGCGCUUCUCUAAUACACCUUCUGUCUCCCCACCUAGGAAUGAAACUCGACAGGUUGGGCCGACGAACAACGAGACUCCUAUUCGACUACUACCCCCGCCACCAAGCCGGACCUCUCCUGCACGGCGCCUCUCGAGAUGGCGCCCACCAUUGUUUGCUAUACAGCUGGCUUUGUUCCUUGUCAAGAUUGCGAUGACCCUACAACCCUGUACUCCGUUGGCCGUCGAUCCCUGGGUGCUCUACUUUCUGAUUCUGGUAGCUGGCGUCAACCUACGGACGAGCAGUGUUGGGGUGCAAGUAGCAUCCCUAGUAUUACAUCUUCUUGUUGUUGUGCUGAGCUUGAAGUUGGAUAUUUUAUGUGCCCGGCCUGGUUCCACAGACGAGACAGUGUUUAGGAAUGAAUUAUGA